AUGGCGAUGGGUUCUCCAUUGUCCCCUGUGUUAGCGAACCUGUUCAUAGAGGAGUUCGAGAGGAAAGCUCUACACACUGCUCCUCACCGCCCCAAGUUCUGGGGGAGGUAUGUAGACGACACGGGCGUUGUGAACAGACAGGAACAUGAACAGGAACUCUUUGAUCACAUUAACACACAACAUGACAGUAUCAAGUUCACCAUUGAGAGGGAACAAAACAACCGUCUCCCCAUGCUUGAUGUCAUGAUGGUCAGGAAUCCAGACAACACCAUCACUACAGAUGUGUUCCGAAAGGAAACCCACACCGACCACUAUUUGCAGUGGUCCUCCAACCACCCGGUGCAACAGAAGCUUGGGAUAGUUAGGACUCUCAUGCACAGAGCCAACACCCUUAUAGAAGAUCACGCUUUGAGAGAGGCCGAAAAGGAAAAAGUCAGAGUAGCCCUCAGACACUGUGGAUACCCAGAAUGGGCCCUGAGGGAGGUGGAUAACAACUCCAGAAAGGGCAAGAGUAACAAGGAACAGAGUAACACCGCAAAACAAGAAAAACUCCCAGCGAGUUACUUGGUACUACCCUACAUACAUGGAGUUACAGAGAGGUUGAAACGCGUAUAUGCCAAACAUAAUGUGAGCCUGUACUCCAAACCGGGCUUCACCUUACGUAAUGCCCUUGUCAGACCCAAUGACCCUCUAGCACCGAGUGAGAAGUGCGGUGUGAUCUACAAGAUCAAGUUUGAAGAGUGCGGGGAGGUUUACAUCGUUGUUAACAAUGAGAUAGCUCUCUCAGUGGCAACGGAACUGCAGGUCAUCACAAGUCAGGCCGAAACUCUCUCGUCUAGUGAUGUCACAGAAAUCAUCAAGAUCGUACAGAAAAUAGUCAUCGGCAAUGCCACAGAGCAGAUUGGAGACUCCAUUCUGACAACUGUAGAAAACCUGUUAAAAGUCAACGCCACGGUUCUUCAGCAGAGUCAACAGGAAAUGAGAGGUCCAACCAGAGCCGUCCAGGCAUUGGAGACAUUUGCUGACACGGUUAUACUGACAACAGAUACAUACACCGCCGUGCGACCAGGGGUAGCACUGCAGGCAACUGACAUCAGUCCAGAAGAGUUGGACAAGGGACACGGAUUCGCCUUCUUUCUGAGUGGAAACGACUCUACCAGCUUGACAGAAGGCAACGUUACAAGCUUCACUACGGAGGAUGGAGGUGUCAUUCAGCAAACUGCUGACGUCUCUAUCUUGUUACCUCCUAACCUCUCGAGCAUGAUAGAGAUAAAAAACAUGUCAGAAGUCCGUCUGAGUUACACUCUCUACAACAGCAGCAAGCUGUUCGUUCAGCCUUCCCAGGGUGCCGUGGGGCCUUCCCAGGGUGCCGUGGGGCCUUCCCAGGGUUCCGUGGCAACCCGCAUCAUCGGCGGCAGAAUCGCUGGGAGGCGUGUCAAGAAUCUGCCCGAACCGGUUAUCAUCACGUUUGCACCCCUACAGAGUUUUCUUCCUGGAGUCAGAUGUGUGUUUUGGGACUUUGAGGCCGAGGCAGGACAAGGGGCGUGGUCAACUGAGGGGUGUGAGAGUAUGGGCGAGACAAAGGGACGGCACACGUGUGCCUGUAACCACCUUACUAACUUCGCUGCAAUCUUUGAUGUGUCCGGCGAGGGGUUUGGAGAUCACGAGAAACCGCUAGAAGUCAUCACUAUUGUGGGCUGUGUCGUCUCCAUCGUUUGUCUGGUGCUCACGUUACUCGCCUUCAUCGUCACAAGGAAAUACGAACUCCGUGUUGGUGAACGUCAUCAACGCCGAACCAAAACAAGUCAUGCUAAAGACCAGCCGAUCGUUCUCACUAACCUCUGCGUGGCUCUGUUGGCAAUCCUCGUCAUCUUCCUCGCUGGCAUCAACCGGACGGGUUCUCCCAUUGUUUGUAAGGUUGUGGCAGCAUUGCUACACUACUUCCUAUUGGCUGCCUUGAUGUGGAUGGCAGUGGAAGCGAUCAACGUAUACCGAGCCGUCGUGCAAGUGUUUGACUCUGUUUCUGGACACUUCCUCAUCAAGGCUGGAGCUGUAGCGUGGGGCUUUCCCCUUGUCACUGUGCUGUCCACUGUCGGACCCUCAGGUUUCUACCAAUAUCGGAUGGAGAAAUUUUGCUGGCUGGCACGUGAACCUCUGACUUACGCCUUCUUAAUACCAGCGGGUCUCAUCCUACUGUUCAACCUGCUGGUCUUUCUCUUGGUCAUGUACAAACUUGUCCGGAAUGAAGAGAAAAGAAAAGAAUUAAGAGGUGCUGAUGCUAACGAGGUAGAUCAUCAGUGGAUAGCCCGCCAAAUUCGUCGAUCCUGCAGCAUCAUGGCUCUGUUUGGUCUCACAUGGCUGUUCGGCUUUUUCGUCAUCGAUGACACGCGCACGGUCUUCGCCUACCUGUUCUGUAUCUUCAACACCCUCCAGGGCCUCUUCAUCUUCAUAUUCCACUGUGUGAUGAGAGCAGACAUGAAGGCGUGGUGGAAGAAGCACAUUUGCAUGGCAAAGAAGAAUCAGGAUCAGACCGUGUCUUUUGAGAUGGACACCAAGUGUUCGGCUAGAGAAACGCCGCAGCCAGUAUCCAUUGAGCUAAGCCCUUUGAAACCUAACCCUGGGCCGCUGUAG